ACAUAAGGAGCUCAGUGGUCGGACAGGGGGGUGGAUCCGUCCACCUCUUCUCAGUAGUUUGUGUUCGUCUCGUCUAGUCCAUCGCCGCUCAGGAACCAUGUCGUCUCUGUCAGUCCCGAAGCCCGCAUGUCUGAACAAACCAUUCGUGGCCCCGCACCGGUUCAUGUUCGGUCCGGGGCCCUCCAAUGUCCCCCCGCGGAUCCUGGAGGCCGGGGCCAACCCCAUCAUCGGGCACAUGCACCCAGAGAUGUUUGAGAUAAUGAGUGACAUCAAGAGCGGCAUCCAGUACGCGUUUCAAACCCAAAACAACUUGACGUUCGCGGUCAGCGGCACCGGCCACACGGCCAUGGAGUGCGCCCUCUUCAACGCCCUGGAGCCGGGAGACGGCGUCCUGGUAGCGGUCAACGGGAUCUGGGGAGAGCGGGCCGCGGACAUGGCGGAGAGGAUAGGUGCGAAAGUAAACACGAUUUCAGCACCCCCUGGUGGUUGCUUCACGAACGACGAAAUUAAAAAGGCCCUGUCGAAGCACCGGCCCGCCCUAAUGUUUCUGGCCCAUGGAGAGUCCUCGACUGGGGUCCUUCACGCCCUGGACGGCAUCGGGGACCUCUGCCACCAGUAUGGCUGCCUGCUCCUGGUGGACUGUGUGGCGUCGAUGGGAGGAGCUCCUCUCUACAUGGACAAACAAGGAAUUGAUAUUUUAUACACGGGCUCCCAGAAGGUUCUCAAUGCUCCACCUGGCUCCGCCCCCAUCUCCUUCAGCCCCAGAGCCUGCCAGAAGGCCUUCAACAGGAGGACCAAGCCUGUGUCUUUCUUCCUGGACCUGGCCUGGCUCGCCAACUACUGGGGCUGUGACGACAAGCCGGCCAGGACGUACCACCACACCGGCCCCGUGUCGGCCUUCUACUCCCUCAGAGAGGCCCUCAGGAUGCUGGCUGAGGAGGGCUUGGAGGAGUCCUGGGAGCGGCAUCGCACCGUGGCUGAGUACUUCCACAGCGGUCUGGAGGACAUGGGCCUCAAACUGUUUGUCAAGGACAAGAGCUCCAGGCUGCCCACGGUGACCACCAUCCUGGCUCCCCCCGGCUAUGACUGGAAGGAGAUCACCUCCUUCAUCAUGAAGACCCACAACGUGGAGGUGUCAGGGGGCCUGGGGCCCUCUGCCGGCCUGGUGCUGCGCGUGGGGCUCAUGGGGUGCAACAGCCGCCGGGCCAGCGUGGACAUGGUGCUCAGCGCCUUCAGAGACGCCCUCCAGCACUGUCAUAAGAGCAAAGUGUGAGACACUCUGGUGGUUCCUGUGGAGCUCUGAAUCCAGAUGUUGUGUUUUAAGUACCAGACAAUCUGUAAUAAAGCAAAGUGUGAGGCUUCA